GGCGUUUUUUCUUACUUUUUAUAAAAAACUACAAGUCCCAGCACUGCUCCGGUUCUAUUUGUUAUUUUGCUGGCAGUGACACGUCACCUUACGUCACUACCGCACCUGCGCAGCCAUCUUGAACCUUUACCGAGCAACGGACACAGAAAGGCAGGAAAAAGGAAUAAAAUAUACCAACCUAAGCGAAGGAAACAGUGAUAUGUCUGCUAGAAUUAAGGAUAUAUGAACCAAUAAAGGUCGAAUACAGCAGAGCUACCAGGGGUCAGCAAAGGAGACGGUAAACAACCAUCUAAGUGCCUCGGAUACCCGGACCUACAAGUCAUCUUUUUUGCCGGACUAGGAAGGAAGAGUCGAUACGCCGACAGAAAAACAUCUAGAGUGAAACCAUGAAUCCCGAAUAUGACUAUCUGUUCAAACUCCUGCUCAUUGGAGACUCUGGAGUAGGAAAGUCCUGUCUUCUGCUGCGCUUUGCAGAUGACACCUACACAGAGAGCUACAUUAGCACCAUCGGAGUGGAUUUUAAGAUUCGCACCAUUGAGCUGGAUGGCAAGACCAUCAAACUGCAGAUUUGGGAUACUGCAGGUCAGGAGAGGUUUCGUACUAUCACCUCCAGUUACUACCGUGGAGCCCAUGGCAUCAUAGUUGUAUAUGAUGUGACAGAUCAGGAGUCCUAUAACAACGUCAAACAGUGGCUUCAGGAAAUUGACCGUUACGCCAGUGAAAAUGUCAACAAACUUCUGGUGGGCAACAAGUGUGACCUGACUACUAAGAAAGUAGUGGACUACACAACAGCGAAGGAGUUUGCUGACUCUUUGGCUAUCCCCUUCCUGGAGACGAGCGCCAAGAACGCCACCAACGUAGAGCAGGCUUUCAUGACCAUGGCGGCUGAGAUCAAGAAGCGUAUGGGUCCAGGGGCUACAGCCGGUGGCGACAAGCCUAACUUAAAAAUUGAGAGUACCCCUGUCAGGCAGUCUGGAGGGGGUUGCUGUUAAAAGGAUCGCUCGCCCCCCAUCACCCCAGCCAUCACCUACACCAUUUCCACCGAAAUUUCCCUUUCUUCUCCUCUCUGUGCUUUCUUACUUCACCUCUGCCAGUCCCACACCUCAGCAUUCCUCCAUAACACCAUGUAACCCACUCACACCUCCCUGACUAUCCCUCUGUCAGCCUACUUGGGCAUACAGGACGGCCGGGCAAACAGACGAGCAAUCUGUGAGUGUUAAGGUCUAAUUGAAACUUAGGGAUGGCCUGUACCUCCUCCAAAAAAACGAAGUGGAGAGGGCAACCAGUGUGUGAGGGUCGGGGAUGGGUGGUGGUGGUCAGGGGGGGCAGAAACAGACACUGAGACAAGUUUUACUUUCUUCCAAAAGGACAGAAAGAAAACGGAUAUGAGGGAAGAUUGGUAUUGAUUCAGAGAGAAAUGGAGGCAAUGGAAGAUUACAUUUAGAUACAAGUGAGCUUAUCUCCACACAUACUCUCACAUACACACUUGGACACACACACACACACACACACGCUGUGGUGGGGUGGUACGGGUUAAAGAGAUUUAAGCCUUUUGGCGUAACACAUUUCUCCUCAGGCUGUGUCUGUCUUUGUCGAUCUCAUCUUAUGCCCCCCCCAACCUCAUCCCACCAUACCCCUAAUUUUUGCUACCUGGAAUUAUUUACCUGCACAGUCACGCCACUGUAGAUGUUCUGUACACAGUAGUAGUAGGACACGUUCCUGAAUAGCAGCAGCCUGCUAACAGUGACUCAUCAUUGCUAUUUCCUGAUGAGGGUCCAGGGAAAGCCUUGUCAGGGAGCCUCCUCUCCUCCAUCUGUCCUAUUCUUUCAGCCUGUGCUCCAUUUUCUUAUUGUGUGUUCAGAUAGAAAGCAAAGUGAAUGUUUUUACCUUAUGUUUGAGCAGUGUGUGUUCUUUUACCUCAGGCAGCCAGUGUACCAGCUGCACAGACAUUAGCAGUGGGCUAGGUAGGGAGUGUCGGAUCUUCUUUUCUGUGCUUUUCCUCCAGUCUCUGCUUGUUCAACCUGUGUCUGUAUGUUCGUGAAGGAGUUACAUUUUUCCUCAGAUUUUUAACUAACACAGUCUCUUCAGCUUAAUACUCAAAUUGCUGUCAAACAGCACUAAAAAGGUUAUUUGUCAGUGACUUUUAAUGCAGUCACAUUGUUUCCUAUCUGUAUGAACACACCUUUAACUUGUCAUUCUGCUUCAAACAAACUUGGUCUCUGCUCGAAGGCAAUUCAUGGUGCUGUGCUCAGUUGUAACCAUGUAAAGUGACAGAAGGAGCUGUGUGAAGAAUGACAAAAAAAAAAAAAGAGAGCUUACUUUCAUGUCUCUUCAUGCUGGCCAGUUGUGCAAAGUCAGUCUGAUUGUCAGAUUAUAGUUACAAAAUUACCUCCAGGGUUAGAAAGGAGGUUUCACUGAUAGAAUCUACUACCGGCGUUUAGUUUGAAAAAUACUGGGGCCUUUAGUACAUCAGAAAAUGAUAGAGCAACGUUUUUUUUUUUCAUUCUCUUGAAACAAGCUCGGUAGCAUAGUGAAUACUUGUGGGGGUAGUUGUCAAGCUGCUGGUGUAUAGUUAGAGUUAGCAAGCCUGCUACUUUGGUUGCUGAUAGUAAGUUAACACACUUUUACUCAGUGUACCAUCGACUCCUGUCUACAAGCCAUACCUCUUUUGUGGAGCUGGAUGUAUGGAAGUGGAAAAUACAACACAGCUAGGAGGAUAACAUUCUCUCUUCUGGAUGGUUUGGCUUGCAAUUGGUCAAGGAAGCAAAGGGAUUCCUUAACCAAAGACUCAGAACAGGAAAACAGGCAGCUCAGCAAAUUCCAUGUGUAGAAGUCAGAGCUGGAAAGGAAGUGACGGUUGUGAGAUUUGUAAUAUGUGGUGUUUGGUUUUUUUAAGCUAUGAUUUCAUGGUUUAAAGAAAGCAAUGUGAAAAAGUGCUGUAACAUUUAGCAGAGUGAAAUCCUGGAAUGACACUAAAUAUAACAGGGGGGCAGAUAACAGCACAGAUGAUGGGGCAUGCCAGAGCUGGGCUGGGGUGGGGGUGGGAGGGCACUUGGUUCAAGUUGUUUUGGCAAACAGAAACAAUUGGCAAUAUCCUGCAUUGAUCUUACAAUUUGUGUUUUAUUAUUGUUAUGAUUUCAUAGUUUGUUUGUUUUUUUUAUGGGGACUACUUACACGAUUAGCUUCACCUCUCAUGUUCAGCAUAUGGCAGAUAGGUUUUAGGAUGUUGUUUUGUUCUUGCUUGUUUGCAGAUGAAGCUGGGGUAGAGAUGCGGUGUGGUUGUGUCUAUUGCCUGAGCAGAUGGGGUCUUACAAAAGCUGCUGUUCCUUCCCUGAGAUCAACCAAUCUGUCAGACACAGUUGUCUCUUACUUGGACUCUCGGGUCAUGCCUGUUUUUUUUUUUUUAAACAUGCAUGAGCAUCCCUGGUUCCUCAUCAGAUUCCUUAGUGCUCCAGUUUGUGCCUCCUAUGUAAUCCUCCUCUUCAUGCUUGAGUCUGAUUAUGAAGUCCUUGGUAUACUUCAGUAGAACGAGUUCAUAUAAAAUAUUGUUCAAACAUGCCUAUGUAGAGAUAUGCGUACAACUGUUAUGAAGCAACAUACUCAAAGUUCACAUACUGAAUUGUACAGAUUAGGCUAAAUUAAACAAAAACUACCCUGCAAGAAUUGAAAAAUGUACAACCCUCCUCCUGAAGCUCUUACUUCUCCCCUCUGUUCUAAGCCCCUCCUCAACAGAGAAAGGAUGAAACUUCACCUUAUGACAAUUGACUCCACCAGCGAUAAAGACCAUUAAAUGCAGUUGAAACACAAUUUUGGGAUUUCGGUCCAAGGGUCAUUAUGGAGAAGUACAAAUUUGACCAGAAAUUCAGCGUUCAGUUCAGAUUUGACAAUUCAAACUUCUGACUAAAAUGUAGAUCACUGUGGUUAUAUACUCAGCACUGGUCACUUAAAAAGAACAAACUGGAGUGAGCAGUAAGUGAGCAGAUUUGAGAAUGUUUCACCUGUAAUUGUUGAUCAUGACUGCCAACAGUUGUAGUGUAGUAAUGGUGGAAUCAGAGAGAUUGGAGUCUGUUUACGUGCCCGGAGCUCUGUGCAGCUCACUGCUUCUCAAAGUUGUGUUAAGUCACAGUGGUAUUUCCAGGGAAACUGGAAGGAAUGUGAGAGACGGAGCAUCCCCCUGGCCUAUUCGAGGGGCCUCUACACAGCAGUGAAACUCUGCUUCUUUACAUGAUACCUGAUUAAUCUGAGCCACUGCUUUUUACCCUGUUUGACAAGACAACUGGAAAAUAUGCAGACAUUGUUGAAGAAAGCUGCUCACACAUGAAAAAAAAAAAAAUACUGUACUGCGGUAGCGUUAGUCAUUCUGAUGACUGUUCUUUAUUGGUGUCUAACUGUACACAUCCGCAAUGGUCAGUUUCAUCAUGUGCGUUGUGUUUGGGGGUGUCAGGAGGUUCAGGGACUGACUGGUCUUGGUUUGCUGACCGGGUAUGAACUCCCAACUCUCCCUUCAAGCCAACCAUGUCACUGCAACUUGAUGAAUUCCUCAAGAUCCCCAAUGACCAGUCCCUGCUCUCACAUGAGGGAAGCUCACUGAGGUUUCAUUUGCGCUCCCAGUUCUCUACAAGAAGAUCAUGGCAACAUUUCAGACAGAACAAGGCCUCAGACUGAGGCAUCACAAAGAGCACGAGUCCACUUCCAUUUGUGAAACCUCUUCACUGACUGACGCUCGCUCAGAAAGCUUCAACUCUGCACUGAUCAGAGUGGAGCAGAUGUGACGUUACCUUCUUCUGUAUACAUUGGCAUUACCCGGGGAUGAGGUGUGUACGUGUGCACCUGCGUGCGCAUGUGUGUAUGUUUGUUACAGCCCUGUGGAGCCAAACUGGAAUGCUACAGUUUUUAGUGCAGAACUGGAAUCUGACACUGAGGGGGAGGGAAGGCAGCAGCAGUAAGCAUAUGUAUGUGUGUGUAGAGCAGGGCAGGGUUGCAUGUAACAUUCCGGAGCUUUUUGGACACAUGUUGGUAUCCCGGCAUCACGCCAGUCUCACUUUAGUAGAUGCAGAAGAAGCAAUCAUUUGAAAUUUAACACUUAACACACUCUCUCGCUGUCUCUCUCUCUCCCUCUCUCUCGCUCUUUCUCUCACGCACACACACAUACACACACAGACACACACACACAUACAUAUAUAUAGUGGAUGUUUUGCGCUUUCAUGAAGAUUUCAUUUUUUAAAAAUCUUUUUCUUUCAACAGGUCUUGAUAUGAUACUGAUUUUAAUGUAUUCAUUGAAUACUGUACUGUGUUGUCUAGUCCAUGGAAGUAUGAGGGGACACUGGGCAGGGUGGGCCUUCUGAUGAGGGUGGGGUUAAACACAUAUAGGGUGGGGCUUCUGCUUAUGAAUGUGAUUCUGAUGAAACAAUGCUUGACUUUUCUUCUUUAGCUCUCAUUUUGUAUUUUUUUUGCAUUUAAGGUUUUUUUUUCCCUCCUUGUCAUUUGCACACUGUUCAGUGGCUUAAUAAAGGCACUCACUAUGUGGUGUUUGUUAAUAAAAAGCACCGGGCGGGAGCUCGCCUGUCACCUUCUGUCUUUUAUUUUCUUUUUGGCUUGUUCACUUUGGUGCUGUCUCCCUGCUGAGUUUGAUCAUGUUUUUUUUUCUGUACAUAUUAUAAAUAUAUAUAUAAUAAAAUGAUGAAAAGGAUCAAUGUCAA